AUGGCCGUUCUGGCCUCUGCGCUCUACUCGUAUCUUGCACUAGCGACAUCAGAGUCGUCUGCACCUACCGAAGCCCUUCAUACACGACAUUACUUCUACGUUGGCGGAGAAUACGUCAAUAUCCCUGGCGGCCAUGCUUUUCAGAAUCAGAUGUACGUGGAGAAGCUUACCCCGCAACACGGAAGCUCAAAGCCUUAUCCUAUCGUCUUCGUCCACGGUGGCGAUCAGACCGGAACAAACUUUUUAAACAAGCCUGAUGGGGGCAGAGGAUGGGCUUCCUGGUUUCUUGACCGAGGUUACGAAGUUUAUAUCGUUGACCGGACCUUGACGGCACGCUCCGCUUAUCAGCCUAGCAGUAAUCUGUCAUUAGGAAUAUUCUCUGUCGAGUUCAUAUCGCAACGCUUCACAGCCGUACAAAAUUACCCACUGUGGCCGCAGGCAAAGCUACACACUCAGUGGCCUGGGACUGGCGAAAUGGGAGAUCCCAUUUUUGACAACUACUAUGCAUCUAAUGUACAAGCUGUAUCCGAUACGAUAGCCCAAGAAACGACGAUGAAAGCCGCUGGGGAGGCAUUGCUCGACAAGAUUGGACCUGCCGUGGUUAUCACGCAUUCGCAAGGUGGACUCUAUGGAUGGCAGUGGGCAGAUAAUAGACCAGAGCUCGUCAAAGCUCUUAUCCAGAUUGAACCCAAGGGCCCGCCGUUCCAAGAAGUAAUCUUUUCAUCCGCUUUUGAUCGGCCAUACGGCCUAACGUCGAUUCCAUUGCAAUACGACCCGAUGCCAACCAAUACGUCCGUACCAUUUGAAACCGUGGUCGUACCGGCGCCUGUGAAUGACAGUAGUCUAUAUCCCUGUCUCAUUCAGAAGGAGCCGGCCUCCAAAUUGCCUAAUUUGGCCAAAGUUCCAAUUCUCAUCGAGACCGGGGAAGCCUCCUACCACGCUACUUAUGACUACUGUGUCAUUGAGUUCCUCAAACAGGCUGGCGUGAACGCUCAACAUCUGGAGCUUGGAAAGGUCGGCAUCCAUGGAAACGCCCAUUUGCAGUUCAUGGAGAAGAACAGUGAUGAUAUUGCUGCUGUACUACACAAUUGGAUCGUCAAGACAGUCAAGUAG